AUGACUCUCAGUAUGCGUUCAACAUCGUUAUAUCGUUCACAUUCAAUGCCACGCAAAUAUGAUUCCUCUCUAAAAUUGAAUAGUUCAUCCGACUCAAGAUCAAUAUUAUCUCGUGAAAAAGUAUUUAAAAUCGGUAGUGAAUUACAUCGACAAACAGUAAAAGAAGCAGAAAAAAAGUUUGAAACCCAAUUAGCAAAAAAAGAAAACGAAUUGCGUUUAGCAAUUAACCGUCGACAACGUACACCAGAUAUUAAUGAAAAAAUAAAAGCAAAAGAAGAUUUAGAAGUUCUACGUUCAAGUUUAAAUAAAGAUUAUGAACAAUUGAUAAAAAUUUAUAUUAAUGAGCAUAAGGAUAAAGUUGAUCAAAUUGAAAAAUAUAUGAGUCGAUGUAGUAGAGAUGAACUUGAAUUACAUCGAGUUGAAUCACAACGAAAACUUCAAGAGGCUCUACAAGACGCUGAAAUGCAAGCAGAAAAAACAAGAUUAGAGUUGAUUAAUCAGAUAAAUAGAGAACAAGAAACAGUAUGUAAACAAAAAUUAGCUCAACAGAAAGAAACAUAUGAUCGCUUAUUAGAUGAACAAGCGAAACGUUUACGUGCUGAAUUCUCAUUAGAAUUUAAUGAACAACAGACAAAAUAUGAACAAAAAUUAUUGGCAAUGAAACGACACGACCAUGAAUAUACACAACAGGAAAUUGAACAAUUAAAACGAAAUUAUGAUGAAAAAAUCAAAUAUCUUCAAGAAAUACCUGAACAAAAAAAUUUAGAUAUAGCACAAUUGAAAGGAAAUUUGGCUAGAAUUGAAUAUGAAAAUAGAGAAUUAAAAAAAUUAGUCUACGAUUUACGAUCAGAUUUUUUUCAGUUUGUUGAACAACAAAAACAAUCAACAUAUCAAAGUGUCUUACUACUACCAUCGAGAAAUCGAUAUGCAAUCGAAGAAACAUUUUAA